UCAAGAUUUAAUCUUCAAGUCUUAUUGAUAUAUAGUAGUUAUAUAUGAAGAUUACCAUGUUUCUUGGCUCAAAUACCCUUUGAAACAUCAAGCCAGAGGCUAUAACACCCACCCACACAAGUUUCUUUAUUUGGAGUUUGGACAUCAUUUACCAACACCCUAAACUCUAACCGAUGCAUACUAAAGUUGCUUUCUUGGAACCCUGUACCUUGAUCCCGACCCACGAAGGAUCAAAUGCCCAAAAGAUGAAUAAUAUUGAAUAUUUCAAGAUGAAGUUUUGUGAAGGCUACUUUGACAUUUAUGAAAAGAUAGGCUACAAGAUGAGCAUAAAGUUGAAAUUACAUGGAUAUUGUGAUCUUACAUGGUUCAGGAUCCUAUCGUCUGCAGGUCAUGUCAUGCAAACGCAGCCUGUUCUCAACGUUUCAGAUCCCUAAUUUACACUUUUAGACCCUCUACUUACCUUUAUUCCAAUUUUUUUGCCUUUCUUUCGUUUCGCAUCUUUUUUUCUAUCAGCCAGCUCAUUCAUGUCAUUCAAUACAACUCUCAUCACCAACCAAUUUCACAAACCCCAAACCAUCUCUCUCUCUCUCUCUCUCUCUCUCUCUCUCUCUCUCUCUCGUAUACACCCACGCACACACUAAAUAAACGCACAAAAACCCUUUCGGUUUCUCUCUCUUUGAGCCCUAUUCAACGUUUCUCCAUCAGAUCUCUCUCUCAUGGAGAUGCGUGUUUGUUAAAGAUUCUUGGCUUCCUCUGUUCUUCUCCUCUUCUGGGUCUCUUAUAUAUCUUUGUCUUUCUCACAAACAGUUGAUACAGAAAAGGGUACGUCGCGGUUACAUAAAAAGUCUUCGUGAGUGUAUCCGGAGAAGUGAUAAGAUACCAAUUUAAUUAUCUUAUAUUCUUCUUUUUCUUUUGUCUGUGAGUUUUCGAGUUUGAUUGUUAUCUUUAUAAAGUUAAAAUCUUUGUCAAAGAAAGAGAGAGAUAUGGCGAAUGGUGUUGAGGAGAUGGAUAGGGAGAGUGUGGUGAAUGGUUUGACAAUGUUUAGCGAUGAAGAGGUGAGGGAGAUAAGUGGGUUCAAGCGUGGCGGCGAUGAUUACGUUGAGGUCACGUGCGGGUGCACGAGCCAUCGCUACGGCGAUGCCGUCGGAACGCUUAGGGUUUUCACCAGCGGUGAUCUCGAAAUCAGCUGCGAAUGUACCCCUGGUUGUGAAGAAGACAAGUUAACACCAGCUGCAUUUGAGAAGCAUUCUGGAAGAGAAACCUCAAGGAAAUGGAAGAACAAUGUUUGGGUGAUUGUUGAUGGAGAGAAAGUUCCAUUGUCAAAAACCUCACUUUUGAAGUAUUACAAUCGGGCUUUGAGCAACGGGUCGACCCGUUCCCAAGCGGGUCGGGUUUGUCAUCGGGACGAGUUUCUUCGGUGCACACAGUGCAAUAAGCAUAGAAGGUUCCGCCUUCGAACAACCGAAGAGUGUCGCACUUAUCAUGAUGCUUUUAUAAACAUCGAUUGGAAGUGUUCCGAUCUGCCUUAUGACAAAAUAACGUGUGAUGAUGAUGAGGAAAGAGCGAGCCGAAGGGUGUAUAGAGGGUGUGUGAGGUCUCCAACGUGCAGAGGGUGCACAUCGUGUGUGUGUUUUGGUUGUGGGAAUUGUCGCUUCUCAGAUUGUGGAUGUCAGACAUGCAUUGACUUCACUAGGAAUGUGAAAGCUUAAGGAAAAGCUACUUGAUCGUUAUUUUAAUAUGUUUUGGUACUUUUAAUUUGUUCCCUUCAUUAUAAAUCUCAUGAAAAACAUCUUGUUCUUGGUUUUAAAAUUAUGCAUAUGGAUUAUUUGUUAUCGUC